AUGUCAACGAGCAACGAAAACAUCUAUAAGGACGAUAUUGACUUUGCGGCAUUAGCUUUAACUGAUGCAACAUUUGCGAAAGUACUCAAGUCAAAUGGACAACUCGAUUUCAGCAAUCCAGAAUCAGUCCAGCAGCUCACCAAGUCUUUGCUAAAGCGGGAUUUCGGCCUAAAUAUUUCGCUCCCUCCAGACCGACUUUGUCCACCCGUUCCAAAUCGCUUGAAUUACAUUCUAUGGAUUCAAAGUAUUCUGGAUACGACGAAUGAUUCGUACAAAGAUGUCUACGAUCCUGAGCGAGAGGUUCUUGGGCUCGAUAUUGGAACCGGAGCAAGCUGCAUCUAUCCUCUGCUGGGAUGUUCUCAACGUCCGAAUUGGAGAUUUGCUGGCACUGAUAUUGAUGAGAAGAGUCUCCAAUUCGCAGGACAAAAUGUCCAGGCAAAUGAACUCCAGAAUCGGAUCAAGCUCCUGCAAACUCGGGCUACCGAUCCGUUGCUGCCUCUCGACAAGAUGAAUAUCGACUUUAGCAUGUGCAAUCCUCCAUUCUACGAGUCCAAAGCAGAGAUGCUCACGUCCACUGCAUCCAAACAGCGUCAACCAUUCACGGCAUGCACCGGCUCAGAGAAUGAGAUGGUCACUCCUGGAGGAGAAGUUGCCUUUGUUUCACGCAUGAUUGAAGAAAGUCUCGUUCUUCAAGAUCGCGUUCAAUGGUACACAUCAAUGCUAGGCAAAUUUUCAAGUGUUGCGGUUCUUGUGCAGAAGCUCACAGACAACCGGGUCGGCAACUACGCAGUCACCGAGUUUGUUCAAGGAAGCAAGACGAGAAGGUGGGGCAUCGCUUGGAGUUUCGAUGAUUUGAGGCCGGUGAUGAGUGUCGCAAGAGGAGUGAGCAGCCUGCAGAAAUCGUUGCUGCCUUUUCCUUCCGAGUACUUAAUCGUGUCAAGUAAUGAUCCGAUGAAAGCGGGACAACGUGUCAAUGAAAUCCUGUCUCAGCUGCAUUUGCAAUGGAUGUGGAAAGCGAGUAUCUCCACAGGAGUAGGUUUCAGCGAGAGAGCGGUCUGGUCGCGCGCAUCCCGACGGCAAGUGGCGAAGAAACAAGGAGAAGCCAUGGAGGAAGACGACGAUCCGGAGAUGGCUUUUGGGUUCAAGAUACACGUGGUUGCGGCCAGAGGUGGCGAGUCCGGAUCAAGGGUCACAAUUCGAUGGCUGAAGGGCCACGAUGCCGUGCUUUUUGAAAGUUUUUGCGGAAUGGUGAAGAGAAAACAGGAAGAACCGAUAAAUAAAUAAUUAUGUCAGAAUGAAGGACUGAGAUGUGAUGAG